UGAAUAGACUCUUCUACGAUUGUCUCUGAAAUGAUUAUGAAGAUCCUGAUCAGUCUUCCAUUAGUCCUUAUAAUUCUUUACAAACUUUGGAGUUAUUUAAACAAAAAGUAUUUCAUCCUGUGCCUGUGCAAAAGAGUAAGAGCCUUGGAUGGCAGUCCUUUGGAGAGCAGGAUCUACAUACCUCCCUCGAAAACUCCCUUUGGCAACAACUUUGAUCUCUUGGACUUUACCCCGGCUUCUGUGUUUAAAUUCAUGAGGGAUGCUGCUCUGCAAGCCAAGGGAAGAAGUUAUCUCUGGUACUUCUUCGGAACUCCAAUGUACAAUAUAGUCCGGGCCGAAGACGCUGAAGAAGUAUUCCAGAGUUCCAAGCUAAUCACAAAAAAUGUGAUAUAUGAUCUACUGAAGCCAUUGUUGGGCGAAGGUCUGCUAACAAGCACAGACCAGAAAUGGCACUCUAGAAGGAAAACUUUGACUCCUGCUUUCCACUUAAGUGUUUUGCAGUCUUUUUUGAAUAUAUUCAAGGAGGAGUGCAAAAAACUCGUGAAAAUUCUGCAUCAAAAUCCUGGAGAGGAACUAGUGUUAAAUCAGCUUAUUCCACAGUUUACUUUAAACAAUAUGUGUGAAACCGUUCUAGGCAUCAAGCUCGACGAUAUAGAGGAGGGAUUCCAAUACCGCCAAUCGAUCCAUGCCUUGGAGGAGGUCAUGCUGCAGCGUAUCGCCAAUCCCCUGAUGUAUAAUAUCGUAUAUUUUUAUCUCUUCGGCGACUAUCGGAAGCACGUUGACAAUCUGAAGACAGCACUCGACUUCUCCAGCCGCAUAAUAGAGGAGAGGCGAAAGCUCUUCCAGCACAAGGACGAUGUUGGGAAGAGGCAGCGAUAUGCGAUGCUGGACACUCUGUUGGCUGCUGAGGCAGAGGGCCAGAUCGAUCAUCAGGGGAUCUGCGACGAGGUCAACACCUUCAUGUUCGCUGCGUACGACACCACCUCCACCUGCCUCAUCUUCAGCCUGCUGAUGCUGGCCUUGCGCGAGGAUGUCCAAGAGCGCUGCUUCGAGGAGGUCCUACAUCUUCCCCAGGACCACGACGAGGCCUCUAUGCUCCAGUUCAACGAACUGUUCUACCUGGAAUGCGUUAUCAAGGAGUCCCUGAGGAUGCUGCCCUCGAUUCCCGUCAUCGGACGAAAAGUGACGGAGGAGUGUGUGGUGAACGGACUAAUCAUGCCCCGAAACACCCAGAUCAACCUGCACAUCUAUGACAUUAUGAGGGAUCCGCGUCACUUUCCAGAUCCCGAAUCAUUCCAACCAGAUCGCUUUUUAACGGAAAACACUACGAAUCGCCAUCGGUUCGGGUUUGUGCCUUUCAGCGCCGGGAAGAGGAGCUGCAUCGGCCAGAAGUUUGCCAUCCUCGAGAUGAAGGUGCUCCUGGCCGCCAUCCUAAGGAGUUUCAGGAUCCUGCCUGUCACCACAUUGCAGAGCCUCACUUUUGAGACUGGGAUAGGUCUGCGAACGCAACAGGAUGUCAAGGUAAAGUUGCAGCUAAGGGAGUAACAUGUUUUUUACAUGUACAUAAGUUCCAAGAUCAGCUGAAAAGUAUGCUAAGUUUUUUAUAACAUUCUGUUUCUGUUAAAUAACAUAGAUGCACAAGUAAUAACAGCACUGUUAACAACUCGUUUUCAAUGUAAACAACUUUUCUCAGAAGCGUCUUAGAAAUAUAAUUCAAAAAGGGAUUAAAAACCAUAUUUUUAGUUAUCUUACAAAAUAGUUACAAAAGGUACAUAGUUUUUUAUUGUUUACAUAGCUAAAAACUAAAUAAAAAAAUAAAAAUAAACCCCCUUUAGGCACUCCCCUGUAUUCCAAACAAUUAUAGAACAAAAUCAAACUCACAGGUACCGAUAAACAUAAUUCCAGAUAAAAUUACAAAACUUUUAUGCUUUA